UUUUUCUCUCCCUUUCAUAACCGCGUUUCCGAAGACCCAGUCACCCAGUCAAAUGAUCUGAUCACCCCUGGACUCCAUCAACUACUAAACAGACACAAAGACGAUCAGGUAACCAUCGGUGUGCCUGCCCCUCACAGCCCUUCUCCUGCCUGGUGAACAAAGCCUAAGCUUGCUGAGUUACUUAGCGCACCCCCCAAGGCUCCUUUUGUAAGCUGCGCCUAAAAUCCCGAGUUCGCCGCUUUCUUGACUCUUCCUUCUUUUUCUUACUCUUUCACCAUCACUACCACAUAGUGAAUUUGCGAGAAUUCUCUGUCUCAGCAGGCUUUCUCCUGAUCACCGACCUUAUCAUCAACAUCACAUCGAUCUAUCCUCGUAACCGUCGCUUCACCGACAACGAAUCUCGACUUCCUAGACACGACUUUUCAUUGUCGUUCAUCGAACCUGACCAAACCCAGAGUCUUCGUCAAACACACCUCGCCGGAUUGUUCAUGUAUCGAGCAGUCUUUCACUCCUCCAAAACCAACUCCAAGCAAAAGCUGGACAUAAUUCCGGCAAGCAGAGACCCUUGUAGUCCUACAAGGUCUUGUUAUGGUUAAUACACCAUCAAAACCCAACGUUUUCUUCAUGUCAAAUAUCUUUACCAGGUGGUAACAUCCACGCAUGUCUGGUCACUUGAAAAGAGAAGUCCUUGUCUCUUUGCUCUCCACCACCGCCCAAAAUCACCAAUAAAUCCGGUUCAUCAAUCAAUUUCGAUAUUCUAAAGAGAAUAAUUCACCCCUACCCAGCUCAAAAUGGCGACCAUCAAUAUUCGUCGGGAUGUUACCGAUCCCUUCUACCGAUACAAAAUGGAGCGUCUGCAGUCCAAAAUUGAAGGAAAAGGCAAUGGAAUCAAGACCGUUGUGGCCAAUCUUCCUAGCGUCGCAGCGUCCCUGGCUCGUCCACCAUCCUACGUGAUCAAGUACUUCGGCUUCGAACUCGGUGCUCAAACCAAUACCAACCCAAAAGAUGAUCGUUGGAUCAUCAAUGGAGCACACGACGCGGGCAAAUUGCAGGACUCGUUGGACGGCUUCAUCUCCCGAUUCGUCCUAUGCAGAUCUUGCAAGAACCCGGAGACCGACAUCAAUAUCAAGGAUGGACGCAUCAUUCUAGACUGCAAGGCCUGCGGUCAACGUACCAAUGUUGACUUGCGCCACAAAUUGAGCGGAUUUAUUCUCAAGAAUGAACCAAAAGGUGGUAAAAAGACAAAGAAGGAAAAGAUGACUCGUCGUGACAGAGCCAAGGCUGAGAGUCAAGAGAACGGCUCCAUGAACGGUGGAAGCCCUCAUGACUCCAACUCCGACAAAGGAGAUGCCGACGAUGGCGAUUACGAGGUCGCAGCAGGUAGUGACGACGAGUUCACCAAGCAGAUUCAAGCCGAUGCUAAAGGCAUCAACACUAAUGGAGAAGCCAAGGAAGAACAAUGGGCCAUUGACACCUCUGCUGAGGCCAUUGCCGCCCGUGCCAAGGAGCUCCCAUCUGAUUUGAAGCGUUCGCUCGCAUUCGAUGAAGAUGAAGAAGGCGAGGACAACGGCACCAGUGUCUACGAUCAGCUCGGUACUUGGGUUAUUGACGAGACCAAGGCCAAAGGCUCUGUCAGCGCCGUCGACGAUGUGGAAAUCUACAAAAAGGCCAAGGAAUUGGGCAUCGAGAGCAAGCACAAGACUCUUACUGUUCUUGCCCAGACCAUCUUUGAUGAAAACAUCGUCAAGCAAAUCCCAGCUCGUGCUAGUAUGCUAAAAACAAUGAUUGGCGAGUCUGAAAAACACAUGAAGGCUUUCCUGGGUGGCACCGAGCGUUUUGUCGGCAACGACCAUCCAGAACUGAUCCCUCAGGUUCCUGCCAUUCUCAUGAGCUAUUACCAGCAUGAUCUCCUCAGCGAAGAGGUUGCCAAAGCGUGGGGUGCAAAGGCCAGCAAGAAGUACGUUGACAUCAGCACCAGCCGAAAGGUUCGCCAAGCUUCGGAGAAAUUCUUGCAGUGGCUCGAUGAAGCCGAGAGCGAUGAUGGCAGUGAUGAGGAGAGUGACGAAGAGUAAGCGAUGCCGGUGGCAUUGGAAAUCUUCGACAAUCGACUCUGUUCCCUCUACCAUCUUGGGUCUCCAGUCUUCGUGUACUUUUCCCAGCACUCUACUCCGGCAUCAGUGACUCUCCUUGAAUCUGCUUUCAGUCAUUCUUUUCUCGAUUGAAGGAUAGACUGGUCUUGUUUGAUCAGGUAUUGCCUGCUUUGUUCAGGCGAUGAGGAUCAAAUAGUGUAUCUAGAAUCUUCAAUCCAAUCAUUUGCAUAGACUUUGUUACCUUUUCAAUCCGGAAACUUCCCACGUAACGUAUUUGUAGCGUAGAGCCUAAGCUUACAUGUGUUAAUAUCAAUUACGCCAUGGUCCCUGUG